AUGCCUGAGACCACUGCUCCCGCCUCCACCAGCUUGGGUGAGAACAAGGGCAUCCGCUUCCAGAUCAAGACCGGUGGCGCCAGAUACACCUGCACCCUCCAGGACCGUUCUGUUUACGAGCGAACCAAGGCCAGCCGCCAGAACUCGACCGACUCGGUCACCUCCAACGCUUCUACCAGCACUACCUCCUCUCACUAA